CGCUCCCCCUCCUUUGCCUCGGUCCCUUUAAGCUCCCCCCCUCCCUCCACCCCCCACCGCUGUCUUCUUCUCUCCAUCUCUGCGCUGCUGCCGGCUGCGCAAUCCGUGCACCCAGCUUCCAGCACCAGCCCAGGAUCUCGACUCCAGCAGCAAACACCCUGUCCCAGCGAGAGACUGCAGGCAUGUCAUCUGAAAAGUCAGGUAAAAAAACAGCAGCAGCUCCAGACCUUUUCAGGUUCUCCGGGCCCUCCCCCAUCCUUAACCCUAACCCCCACCUUUGGCCCUCCCCAGCGGGGGGGGGUGUCUGCUUCUCCUCAACAUUUUAAAUCCCCCCUCCCCAAAUGUCCUUCCUCUUUCUAUAUGACUCCCUUCUCGGCCUUCCUCCCACUCUCAGGCUCUGCCCCUGGUCAACAGCGCAGGCAGAGGGGGCAAGUGGAGAGGGUAAAGGAAGUCUGAGAGUGGCUUAGCAUCCGCCAGGUACUGCGGGGACAGCAUCCUUGGGAGUGACAGAUGGACAGGUGACAGUGGCCUGUAUGGGAUCAUUCGGUGGUUAAAAAAAGAAAAUACGUAGCCAUAAUCCGGUGGGGGGUUUCAGAGGCACAAAAUGCACAGGAUCCUUCUUUAUCCACCCUAAAUGAGACCUCCCCAAUUCCCAGAGAGGCCGGGGACCCCCUCCUCACUGAAGGAAGAGCGGAGUGGAACAUAGCCUACAUGUGUUUAUACAACUGUUGAACGGAGCACAUGUUAACAGCGCUGCACAGCUCUCUGCACAUGUGCGCACACUCAGAGAGACAGCCCAGAGGCAGCCAUCAGCCCCAGGGGGUAGAGUUUGGGGCUGCAAGUGCAUUCACGUCGCUGAGAGUUGUGACCUCAAAACUAGAAGGGAAGGAAGAAGGGGGGGGACAGAUGGCCUAGAUACCCUCUCCUGUCCCAAGAAAGAUGCUUUCUCGCUCAUUUCCUGUUUCUCCCAGUAUCUGUCUCCAAUCCUCAUCCUCUGCCCCCCCAUCACUCUCACCUUCUUGUCUCAUUUCUUUUAUUUAUAUAUAUUUUUUGGGGGGAGCCAAAGCCGGCGAUGCUUAGGGGUUACUCCUGGCUCUGUGCUCAGAAAUCGCUCCUGGCAGGCUCGGGGAACCCUAUGGGAUUCGAACCACCGUCCAUCCUAGGUCGGCUGUGUGCAAGGCAAACGCCUUACCACUGUGCUAUCUCUCCGGCCCCUUCUGGUCUCAUUUCUGUCUUGUUUCUUCUUCCAUCCCCUCACCUCUGCCCUGCACCCCCAGGCCUCGCGGACUCAGUCCCUCACACCUCUCCGCCUCCCUACAAUGCUCCCCAACCCCCGGCCGAAGCCCCUGCUCCACCCCCACAGGCAGCCCCCUCUUCGCACCACCACCACCACCACCACUACCACCAGUCUGGCACCGCCACCCUCCCGCGCCUAGGGGCUGGGGGGCUUUCCUCGGCGGCCUCCGCUCAGCGGGGCCCCUCGUCCUCGGCCACGCUGCCAAGGCCCCCGCACCACGCCCCGCCCGGCUCAGCAGCCGGCGGCCCCCCACCCGGCUGCGCUACCCUACCCCGCAUGCCACCCGACCCUUACCUGCAGGAGACGCGCUUCGAGGGCACAUUGCCCCCGCCGCCACCCGCCGCCGCCCCGCCCCCGCCGGCGCCCUCUCACACGGCCCAGACGCCCGGCUUCGUGGUGCCCACGCACACGGGCGCAGUGGGCACGCUGCCACUGGGGGGCUACGUGGCGCCAGGCUACCCCUUACAGUUGCAACCUUGCACUGCCUACUUGCCUGUCUACCCCGUGAGUGCGCCCUAUGCUGGAGGGGCCCCGGGGGGGACCGGAGUGACCUCCACGCUGCCCCCACCGCCUCAGGGCCCGGGACUGGCCCUCCUGGAACCCAGGCGCCCGCCGCACGACUACAUGCCCAUCGCAGUGCUGACCACCAUCUGCUGUUUCUGGCCUACAGGCAUCAUCGCCAUAUUCAAGGCUGUGCAGGUGCGCACAGCGUUGGCGCGCGGGGACAUGGUGUCCGCCGAGAUCGCUUCGCGCGAGGCCAGGAACUUCUCCUUCAUCUCCCUGGCUGUGGGCAUCGCAGCCAUGGUGCUCUGUACCAUCCUCACCGUGGUCAUCAUCAUAGCCGCGCAGCACCACGAGAACUACUGGGACCCGUAAGGACGCCCACGGCCCGGCCCCAGAUCCCUGCUCCCCCCAAUUUCCCCAGCGCGUUCGGCGAUCACACAGACGAUCCGAAGGGCGCCCCAGCACACCCGCCAUUGGGGCGACCGAACUUGGGCGCAUCCUGUACUACUA